GCACUUGAGGCAUUCUUCUUUUUUUUUUUCGAAAUAACCUCAAAAAAAAAGAGAGGUGGACCCAUCAGACAUAUACAGCAUCUGUCCAGUGCUCCAGGCUUCCCUCCAGCUCCCUAGCAUGGGGCCAGUAGCUUUUCAAAGACGUUCAGUCUCCGUCGAGCGUCCGUCCGUGAAACGUGCGUGUCAUUUUGACACACACAACGAAUCAUUUAGGCCUCGCUAACCGAACGUGUUUGUUUUUCGUCUGCUGCUUAUAGCAUUUCUUUUGGUGUGUGUGUGUGUGUGUGUGUGUUGUGUUAUUGCAAAUUGGACGAGGCAAUUGGCAAAGUCUAUUUUCAAAAAAAGAAUUAGAGAAUCGUGAGCGAGACGGACGGGAUUCUCUCUUUUUUUCUUUCUUCUACAGUACGCUGGAUUUUUACCAUCAUCAAAGAUGCAGGUGGAGAGAAUGAUAGGCAAAGCGCAUUCCAGGCUAUUAUCUCCGAGCUUGUCGCCAGCGACGUCUCCGACGCUGAGCGCCGUAUCGUCCCCGACUCCGCAAACUCCGACGCCGACGCCAGUCUCGCAGACGAUAGUACCCAACACGUCGUACACGCCCAAGUUGGCCGGCAUCCCCAGCGUUGCUGCCGCCUCCCGUUACACGGCGCCCGUUCACAUCGACGUCGGCGGAACGAUCUACACGUCGUCGUUGGAGACGCUGACGACGAGAUUCGGCGAAUCACGGCUGGCCAAAAUGUUUAACGGGGGCAUUCCAAUCGUCCUGGACAGUCUCAAACAACACUAUUUCAUCGACAGAGACGGGCAGAUGUUCCGGCAUAUCCUCAACUUUGUGCGCAACGGCAGACUACUCCUUCCGGACGACUUUGCGGAUGUUGAACUCCUCCUCGAAGAAGCCAAAUAUUACGACAUAAUUCCCAUGGUGAAAGCGCUGGAAGUGUUGCGGAUGGAACGACGGAUGCGGAACGGACAGUACGGUGAUAAACAUCAAAGCAGCCACCACAACGGACAUCCAGCCAAUUCCAGUCCGAUUUCGGGGCACCGUUGCUCACCUGUAUCCGGCGGAAUGGCUAGUGGCGCCAGGUUACGUUCUUCCGUUUCAUCCAGCAAUCGAAUGGAUCACCAAAAGAAUUCGCCCGGCGGAGGGAGUAACAUCAAUGACACAGUUGUAGGUGGUGCAGGUGGCGCAGGUUUGACGUGCCGGAAGGAUUUGAUUGCCGAUGAUUCCGCAUCCCCUGGAGAAGAUUGCAACAGUCGUCUAGGAUGGGAGUGUCUGGCUCUCUACGUCAGCCCGGAUUUAGGGGAGAGGAUCAUGUUAUCCGGUGACAGGAAUUUAGUGGAAGAAAUUUUUCCGGAAAUCGCAACACCUCUGAUGGAUGCCCGUUCAAACGUGGCUUGGAAUCAAGAUCCUCGGCACGUCAUCCGCUUUCCGCUGAACGGCUAUUGCAAGCUGAAUUCAAUGCAGGCAAUUACGCGGCUGUUGAACGCGAAUUUCAGCAUUGCCGCAUCGAAUGGGGGCGGAGUGGAAGGCCAACAAUUCUCCGAGUACCUUUUCAUCCGCAAAGCUAUUCCGCUUUGAUUAACGCACUCGAGUUUAAUGUGUUAAGAAAAUAAAAAAAAACUUAACGUCUGUACGGUUAGAUCUGAAUCCAUUUGAUCAUUUUCGUUUUGUCUUGUUUUCUCGUUGUAUUUGAUUUGAAACUAACUUUUCCGAGUUAUCCAGAAUGCAGUUUGAUAUUAUUGAGUUUCAUCGUUUCAGGUAAUGCCACCAUUUUUUUAUUUGCUAAAUUUUAGAAACAGUGAAGCCGGACUAGUUUUUAAUAGCAUCGAGGUAUAAUGCGUAAUGUAAAGAAAUAAUACCCUUUUUAACCGUUUGGAACAAUUUGCGUAAGCCCGAAUUUUCGUCGAAUUUCAUUGUUUUCGCUCCAGUUCGUAUACUUUUUAGUGUUGGGCUUGGCCAACGUGAAUUCUAGUGCCAAUGAAGACAAACAAAUAUUGAUUUCUCUAGUGUGUGUUAUCGUUUGUACGGCGUUCGUGUUUUACAAAUGUUGAGGUUUUCUUUCAUCUCCCACGUUUGUUCUCUUCUCUCAACGUGUCCUAUGUUUUAAAUUUUUACAGAAAAAACGAGCAAAUUCAAUUUGUUUUUGUAUUUUGCGUUCACCUUUCGUGAUCACGUUGUUUCGCGACAUUUUCACCUAUUUGCUGUUUGGUUUCCCACGCAUUCGUCAACAAUUCCACGCGUCGAAAGAUCAAGAAAAUUUGAUAUCAACCAUCAAUAUCUGAUGUUUUGUUCGACCUCUUUUUUAAAGUUCACAUUUUCUUAUUGGCUCUCUCUUUUAUCUGAUUUCAUCGUUAAGAAGACGCUUGGUAAUUGAUUCUACGACAGUCGUAUUUUGUAUCUCUCAGCUGCUCGUUCGUUCGUGUAAAAAACGUGUAACUCUUUUGCGAUGGGUUAAGCAACUUCACUCAAAAAGUUUGCAACAACAAAAAAAAAAUACAAACAAAUUUGAUUAA